CUUUUCAGAUCAUAAACACUACAGGGCUAGAUUGGAGCGUCAAGCGGCAUCGCACUUUGAUAAAGUCUAUCAUGAUAAGCAGUUGCGACUUGUCUGGUAUGUGCAAGCCAUUUAUAGUGGCUAAGAAUCUGUGCGAUGGUGUGUAUAGGGAAUUUUAUAAUCAAGGUGACCUGGAGAAAAAAAUGGGCUUAACCCCGCUGUCUUUGAUGGACCGUGAUAAGUCAGCAAAUGUUCCCGAGGAUCAGGUGCAGUUUUUGACGGUGAUCGUUUUGCCAUGCGUAGAGCUGUUGAAGACCAUCCUGCCCAAUACUUGGGAAUUACACAAUGAGGCCCUGACGCUGAGAGAAACUUGGCAGGAGAUCAUUCAGCUGAAAGGAGUGAAGAGUUGGAGACAAGAUGAUUCUGUAGCUAGCCAGAACGAAUGCGAAUAAUUUUGUACUCAUGAUACCUGUAUCUCGUUUAACGGUACAUUCUAAUAAAGUAGUGAUUCAA